AUGUCCACUGAAAUCUGUAAACUGUUGUGUAGAAACCUUACUCGUGUUGGAGACAGACAUUUUUCCCAGAACCUGCAGGCAGAGAAUGUUCCCAGACAAAUACCAAGGGAAAAGCCAGCAGUCAGAAGAGCAGCUUUCAUAGGAAAAGGGUACCCACUGUUGAUUAUUCCAAUGACAGCUUUUGGAUUAGGAACAUGGCAGAUACGCCGCCGAGAAUGGAAGCUUGGUUUAAUCAAAGAACUUGAAGAGAAGAUGAGCAAGCCUCCUCAACCCUUGCCAGAAAACCUAGAGGAUGUGAAAAAACUGGAGUACCAAAAGGUGAAAGUUCGAGGUACCUUUGAUCAUGCAAAGGAGCUCUUUAUUGGACCAAGAUCUGACAUUCGUGCUGGAGAAGGACGAAGUGCACAGACACAGUCAACACCAGGGGUUAAUGUUGUUACACCUUUCAAGCUGGCCAACAGAGAUGAGACCAUCUUGGUGAACCGUGGAUUUGUUUCAUUCAAGGACAGACCACAGCAAAAGAGAGCUGAAGGACAGGUUGAAGGAGAAGUGGAACUCACUGGAAUUGUCAGACUGAAUGACAAGAAACCAGUUAUUGGAAAUGAUCCAAUGAAAGAUGGGUAUUGGUUCACUCGUAAUAUUGAUGAGAUGGCAGAUAUUGCAGGCACUUCAAAAGUGUUUAUAGACGCAGACGCAAAUUCAACAGUACCUGGUGGGCCACGUGGAGGUCAGACUCAGUUGGCUCUGCGCAAUGAACAUUUAACUUACAUUGUAACCUGGUAUGCUCUUGCUGCAUUCACAUACUUCUUGUGGUACAGAAACUUCCGGAGCCCACUGCCUCAUAAGACAGUGUUGGAGUAUGUAAAGAAGCAGCAGCAAAAGAAAGUCUAG